AUGGCAGACCACCCCCCCUCGCCCUACGCGUACACCCCCGACCGUCCCAACAUCGCCACCGACCUGGCCGACGACUUUCACCAUCUGACCCUGACAUCUGCUCGCUCAGUCAGUCCAUUGCCCGCGUCGUCGCCGACCCCAGACCAUCGCUCGCCCAGUCGCGCCUCGUCGCGCGUUCGCAAUGUUUCCUCCACGAGACCGGCCUCGUCUAGGGGUGUCCUGCGCAAGACCCCCAGCACUGCUUCGCUGCGAGACGAGCGCCGCCUGUCGACCCCCGGCCUGCAGAAGCGUGCAUCAACAAAUUCUCUCAGGUCGGCGAGUAUCAGUCGCGAACAACAGCCGAGCUUGUCGCGCCGCUCCUCGUCCAAUCUGCUCAAUACCAUGUACUCGCCGCGUCCGUCGCUCGAAGCCCCCAUCGAGGUGCCCACGGCUGCCUCUAUUGCGGCAGACCAUUUCAAAGCCGAGAUGGGACGACACGAUACCGCCGAUAUGAACUCAAAGACUAUGGUCGUCAUCCAGGACGCUUGCUACGGCCAUCGCUACGCCCGCCCGUAUACCAGCAAGGAUGGGCUCGCCACCAUUGUCGAGCGUCCAGAGCGUCUCCGUGCCAGUAUUUUGGGGUUGUCUACUGCGUAUGUGCGAGUUGGCAAGCGACAUGCUGGCUCGUCGUUUGCGCCUCAUCCGGACCUUGAUCUCGGCCUCCUUCCGCCGCCGCCUUUUCACAUACGAAAAUCGACCAGGGCUGUGUUGUUGACCUCGCCCGCAGUGACGUAUGUGCAUGGCGACAAGUGGAUGGGCAAUUUGAAGACCAUGUGCGACGCUGCCGAGUCUCGUCUAGAACUAAACGGCAGAGAGAUUGUCCGGCCGCGAAGCGCUGGGCGCAAGGACAGCGACGAGAAGCAGCUUCACGACGGAGAUCUUUAUCUCUGCCCAGAAUCGCUGGACGCUUUCCAGGGCGCUUUAGGGGGUGUGUGUGAUGCGGUCGACACUGUACUCAGUGACGCCACUACAAAGCGAGCCUUUGUCUGUAUUCGCCCGCCUGGCCACCACUGCGCCUCGGCCGACCCGUCUGGCUUUUGCUGGCUCAAUAACGUGCAUGUCGGCAUUACGCAUGCUGCCAUGACCCAGGGCUUGACGCAUGCCGCAAUCAUUGAUUUUGAUCUUCACCACGGAGACGGGUCUCAGGCGAUUGCCUACAAACAAAACGAACAGGCCUGGAACUUGCAACAGCGCGGGGGAGCCACAGCGAGGAACGCGGCACCUUGUAAAAAGACGGCCAUUGGGUAUUACAGUCUACACGAUAUCAAUUCCUUUCCUUGUGAGAACGGAGAAGCCGAAAAGAUUGUCAAUGCCAGUGUCUGUAUUGACAACGCCCAUGGCCAGUCUAUCUGGAACGUUCAUCUGGAACCCUGGAGGACCCAUGAUGAAUUCUGGGCUCUCUACAAAAACAAAUACGCGGCCGUGCUGGAAAAGGCACGCGCAUUUCUGCGCUUCCACACCCAGCGCCUCGAAGCUACAGAGGGUGGCCCGGCCCCCAAAGCUGCCAUUUUUGUAUCUGCCGGCUUUGAUGCAAGCGAGUUUGAAGGCGCCGGAAUGCAGCGACACAAGGUUAAUGUUCCGACGGACUUUUACGCGCGAUUCACCGCGGAUAUUGUCCGACUUGCUGAAGAAGAUGGUUUGGGGGUUGACGGUCGUAUCAUUAGUGUGCUGGAAGGAGGUUACAGCAAUCGAGCGCUGUCCAGUGGAGUUUUGAGCCAUCUCUCGGCACUGGCAGAUACGGGAGGGAACAUGCCCCAGCACAGUCGUUUGGCUGUCGAAAUGAGCGAGCGCUUGGGAUGGGGUAAUGGAGAUGUUCAAGAAGACGAAGCUCAGUCUGGACCAGCCUUUGAAACGGACUGGUGGGCCACGCAUUUCCUCGAGGAGCUGGAAGCCCUGGCGUUUCCACCACCACCAGCCACGAUCAAAAAGACCCUGAAAUCGACCCCGACCUACUUUUCCCCAACGCAGGCCUCGAUUGCCAAAGUGGCGAUUCCGUCCAAAGAGCGCAAGCUGUCUUCAACAUCUGCCAUGGACGACGACGCGGAACCCCUUCCAGAAGUCGACUGGGCGACAUCUGCGCACGAAUUAUGGAAAUACCUCAUCCCCAGCGACCGCGAGACAAUGAGUUUCCAGUACGAAGAACUCAAGGCCCGCGCCGCACUGGCCAAGAAGAAGAAAAUGGUGGUGGUGGCGACGACGACGACUCCCGAAGAACUGCCAUCAACGCCAUCAACAGCGACACGUCGCCAGCUGCGCGCGAGAGCGGCAAAGACAACCUCGUCUUCCCCGGACACGCCUGCGCCUGCGCCUAGACCCAGACCAAAUAACAAGGUUUCGGCGACUCCCAAAGUCUCGACUCCGCGCCGCGUGAGUGCGCGUAAUAGUAGUCGACGGACGACCAUUGGCACUGCCAGCGACCUGCCCGAACCACCGACAACAACGCGUCCGUCUACUAAUACAAAGGACGACCAACCACGCCGAAGACAGAGCACCACUGCCGCGGAAGAAAACACUGCUGCUGCUGCUACUGAAAACAAGUCGACACCUUCUCGCGCCAGCUCUCGCCCACCAAGCCAAAGCCCCGCGGGAGGUGUUACUGGACGCAAGAACAACAACCGCGAAUUAUCGGCUGGGGGAGUAGGAGGAGGGGAAUCGCGUACAUCGACACCCAAAAGACUCGUGAGUUCGGAUAAAGCGCCGCCGCUGCCCAAGGUGCCGUCGCUGUAUAUGAACAUGAACAAGGGCCAAGCUGGUGGAUCAGCUGGUGGAUCAACUGAUGGAGGGGCAAGAAUGAAGCCGGAAGAAGAAAAUGAUGGAAUUGAGCAGCUCUCGACCGGCGUGAAAAAGUUGAAUAUCAAACUCAAAGUCCCGCCGCCGCCGCCUGAGGAGAAUAAUAGUACGCCGCGACGAGAAAGAAAGUCGAAGACGCCUGAUCCACAGAAGUCGAGGAAGACGACGACGACGACAACAACAAAAACGGAGCCGAAAUCGGUAUCAAAACCGAGCAGUAAGCGCAACAUCGCCGCUCCCAAAACAGUUGAAAAGCCAAUUGCACCGAAAGCAGCAGCACUACCACCACAGAAAGAAAACGUCGCCACGGGGGAGUACGAAGUCCCUAUCAAGGUUGAGAUUCCAUCGGAGCCAGACGAUAGCAACAGCACGUCAAUAUCCGGGCUGGAAGGGUACCAGGGUUUUUCGAAUGUGCAGCCGCCGGUUAAUCACUAUAAUCCUCUUCAUCAGUAUUCUGAGAAUAGUGUUGCUACUCCUCUUUCGCCGCUGUCGCCGUCGCCGUAUGGAUUUCCGGGUUCGCAGGUUUAUUAUUCGCAGCAGCAGGAGCCAUUGCAUCAACCACUGCAUCAUCAACCCCUGCAGCAGCAGCAACAACAACAACAUCAAAUGCAAAUGCAAAUGCAAAUGCCACCCACGCCACGUCAGAAUCUGCCAGUAUUCACAUCAACCAGCCAAAUCCCUUUUGCUGCUGCUCCUCCACCAGCCCACGGACAAGGUUACGGACAAAGUCACGCACAACCCGUCGUAUACGGCCAGCCGUCAAUAAUCCCCCAAGGCCCGUUUCUGCAGCAGUUUGACGGCGACGACCAAGCCGAGUCUCGACCUAAAAACAGCACACAAUGGUCUUGA